UUUUAUUGUUUAGAAUAUGUCAACAUAUUUUAUUUUUAAUUGGGUAAAUCACUAAAUGUCUUCAAAUCCUUUAAAUUCAAACACAAGUAAACCGUCAAUAAUAUCGGUUCUAUCUUUGGCCGCAACAACACCAUCACAAUUUCAACAACAACAAUUGGAUGAUGACAAAAAUAUAUCUUCAAUAGAAAAUUCUAGUUCAAUGUCAACAUCAAUUGAAACACAAACAUCACCCACAUCAUUAAAUAAUGAUGACGAAUUACUACCACAAAUUCACAACGGUAAAAAUCAUGCUGGUUUUAAAAAAGAAAUGUCAAAUAAUUUUAAAAAAAUCUAUACAAAAUAUCAAUUAGGUUCGUCAAUAAAAAAGAAUGGUGGUGUACUAUCAUCAUCGCCAAUAAAAAAAGCUUCGAUAUCCUCUUCGGCAUCAUGCGUAUGUCGUAUAUGUCAAAGUAAUACAUGCCGAGAACGUUUAAUAUCACCAUGCAAUUGUAAAGGCACAUUAGCGUAUGUACACCUUUCAUGUUUAGAACGGUGGCUAAAUCAAUCCAGUCGUAGUUAUUGCGAAUUAUGUUUAUUUCAAUUUAAUUCUGUAUUAAGUCAACGUUAUAGCCUAUGUGAAUCAUUACGUUUAUGGGUACGACAUCCACGUAAUCGACAUAAUCUUCAAUCUGAUAUACUAAUUACAUGUUUAUUAACCAUUGUAACAUUUGGAUUAGUGAUUGUAUGUUUAUUAGGAAUGCAAUAUUUUGUAUUGGAAGGUUAUAAAUUAGGUGUGAGUGUUACAUGGACACGCGGUGCAAUAAGUUUCCUUUUGGGGAUUGUAUUGACAGGAUAUUUAAUAACAUUGUAUUUGUUAAUAAGAGAUCAAUUUUUACCAUGGUAUCGAUGGUGGAGGCAUGCAGUUAAUGUACGAUUAAUAUUAACAGCAGAACAAGUUUCCUGCAAUGUUUGAUGCUUGAUGAUGUGAU